AUGAUCAAGGACAGGGGUCUCCCUAGUGUUUACAAUGACACCCUUGCUAAAAUAUUAGCCCAAUAUGCUUCUGUAGCAUACCUUAGAGAGACGACAAAACUAGUUAGUUGGACAUGUUCACGAUGUAAUGGCUUGACCAAGGGAUUUGAGUUUGUUGAGCUGAUUGUUGAUGUUGAGCACAACCUGCAGGCAUAUGUUGGGUUUGCAAACAACUUGAAUUCUUUUGUUAUUUCAUUCAGAGGAACUCAAGGGAACAGCAUACAGAAUUGGAUUGCAAAUUUAUACCUUAUAAAGCUGGAUUUACAUUACCCUGACAUGCCUGGUGCCAUGGUGCAUCAUGGAUUUUAUUCUUCUUAUUACAAUACAACAAUGCAAAAUGCAGUCUUAAAUGCUAUUAAAAAGGCCAAGAAGGUUUAUGGAAACAAUAGUAUUAUAGUGACUGGUCAUUCAUUGGGAGGAGCAAUGGCUUCAUUUUGUGCAUUGGAUCUCAAGAUAAGAGGUGAAGCUAAGAACAUUGAAGCUAUCACAUUUGGACUGCCUCGAAUUGGAAAUGCAAUCUUUGCAUCUUAUUACAGUCGAUUUGUUCCUCAAACGAUCAGGGUAGUCAAUAACCAUGAUAUUGUACCUCAUCUUCCUCCAUAUAAUCGGUUUUUUCCUCAUACAACUUAUCAUCAUUUCCCAAUAGAGGUAUGGAUUCAUACGGUUCAAAAUGGCAGCUUAGUCCACACAGAAGAGGAAGUCUGCGAUGGAUCUGGUGAAGACCCUUGUUGCAGUAGAUCUGUGAUCGGGUACAGUAAAGCGGACCAUUUGACGUAUUAUGGACAGAAAAUGUCUUAUUAUUGA